UUUAAAUCGCGUUAACGGCUAAAUCAUUGACUCAUAUAUUGUCAAAUAUAAUAUCAAAGCACAUUUUCAGUCAGAUAGUGCGCGUAGCAGAUUAAUUAGUUUAAUACACAACUUGUGCAGUGUCGUCUGCUCAAUAAUGGAAGCUAUAAUUAGGUUAAUUAUCUAUUUUAUCGUAAUAUACCUUUUAUUCUAAGAAUUUUUAUUAUAUAUGGGUUUGAAUAAGCCCUGAAGGUCUUUAUUGAGCAGUAUAUAUAGAAAUAACGUCAAGUAUGCAGUAUGGCACUGGUACAUACGAUUAUCAGCGGAAUUUCGCCGGUUCUCCCGCUCCACGAGUUCGACCAGAAGCAGCAGGCAUUGCAGAUAAACACCGGGGAACUGCUAUGCACAAUUGUCUCAACCAACCUCAAAUAUCACAUUUUGGAAGAGCAAGCCAAAGUAUGAAUAUGGAAAAUGGUCCAAUGCGAUACAAAGGCAUAAAAUCACCAAUAUUGGUUGACCCUGUUUAUAAUGGCGGAAAAUAUUCAAACCGAAGUGCAAGACCGGUACCCAGGGUUCGUCCUGAGGCGCAAGAGGUGGCUGAGAAGUCAAAAGGAUGCAUGGGAGUUCUUUUCAAUAACUAUGGAAAGCCAGAUCCAUACGACUACUGCAACACUAGAGAUGAAAAUAUCAACCCUGAAAAAGGCCCUUUACGCCAAGCUGGAGUAAGAAGCCCUAUUUUAGUUGACCCCAUGUACAGAAAUGGGGAAUACUCGGGCAGGACCCCACGCCCGGUUCCGAGGGUACGACCAGAAGCAGAAGAGAUUGCUACAAAGUCAAAGGGGACAGUAGGGAACCUGUUUGUUACUAAUGAAAGAAGAUAUAAUGAAAUAUCUAAACCAAGAAAACAGGAGAAAAAUCACACUGCAGCUAACGUACGUCGAAUGCGUGAAAUACAGAGGAAUUCCAGGGCAAGGGAGCAGGAGAAGCAAGAGAAGAAGAACACCCCUGUGAAAGCUUUGUGGAAGUCAACACAAUAUGAAGGGGUGGAGUCAAAAGUAAAGAACUUUAUGCAGUCACCCCCACAAGCCCCACGUCCCAACACAGAGAGACCUCAUUCCGCACCAGCUGGGUCAAGAAGACAAGAAAACUUUAAUUCAGAGAAGGAAAAGUUUCAGCCAACCAGGUCACAAACACCAAGAGCUAGAAGUCCAUCCCCAAACUUUGUUGCACGAAACGCACGAGCUGCAAAAAGUUACGAAUUGAAACGCUCGCGGUCACAACUUGCCUUGAGAGAAUCUGAUGAGAAAUAUCAGCAGGGAUUGAAAAACUAUGAGGAAACUGUUAAAGGAAAGACACCAUCGUACCUCCGAUCCAGACAAAGACAAUGGGACAUGCAAGAAAGGGAUCGAAUACGAAACGCUCCCGACCCUACUGUGCCUGAAGGUCAUACAGUGUUGCCAGAUAAAGAAAGAAAGGCAACACUGACAACUUUACGCAAGUCCCUCCACUACAGUGAGCAUACCACGCUCACAAAGCUGCAACCAGACACAGAAUACUCAGGUUAUGAUUCAAGACAGUACACCAAUGCACAUAAUGUGUCUGACAAGCUACGAAAGCUCAGAAGAUCAUACAAGCUAGCAAUGGAGCAAUAUCCUAACAAUAAUAGCAACCAGAAUAACUACAAUCACCAAGACCCAGUAGUGAAUACACCAGACAGCAAUGACGAUUACAUUUAUGAUGAUUAUGGUGGAAAAAGUAAUGAAAUUUAUGAAAAUAACAAGAGAGCCGAAAUUAACAUUAACGCAACUGAUGGUAGUCCUGUGUAUGUAUACGCUCCAAAAACAAUAAACUACCGCCCAGAAAUACCAACACCACAAUACCCUGAAGACCCCUUUACUUCUGUAGAGCAGGAAGAAGAUGUUCCAAACACUGAAUACUAUUUUGAUGAACCACUUCAAACUUCGCCACGCAAAACAGUCACAUUCAGAACACCAAGCCCUGAUAAUGGUUACCAUCGUACCAGCUCUAUACUGAAACCCAGUGACCACUUUAAAAGCUCUGUACCCCUACCAAGUGAUCAUUUCGGAAGCUAUGUACUCCAAAACAGUGAUCAUCUUACUAAUUCAAUACCACGCCAUUACAGGAGUUCUAUACAUCAACCUUUUGAUAAUUACAAUGACUCCAUGCUUCAACCUAGUGGCUGCUCCCCAAACUCCAUACAUCCACUUAUUGGACGCUAUUCUUACCCAAUUGAUCAUCAUAACGACCAAAUGGGCUCUGUACCUCCACCCAGUGACCAUUAUGACGACUCUAUGCUUCAACCUAGUGCCGGUUUUUCAAAUAACCUACAGAGACCUAAUGGUAAUGACCAUAGUUGCUCUGUAGCCUCAACUAGUGGUAAAUACACCCACCCUAUACCUCCACCAAGUGACCAGUAUUCCGAAGCGAGAUAUCCCCGCCCUGUACCGCCAUCUAAUGUCCGUAAUCUUAUAACGACGACGUACCAAGAAGCUUUUGAAGGAAAAAAAGAGCCCAACAAGAGCUCUUGGAACGACACCGACUCUUACCCAUCCGUUCAGCCGACACUAUGGGAGUACGCAACCGGAAGACAGAGUUGGAGAAGCAGAUCAUGGAGGUAGACGAAGCUAUUAAGGUCUUCGAGCGUCCAAGAGUGUUUGUAAGACUUGGAGAGUGAAUUUUGUAACUUUUUCCAAUUUUGUCCAAACAAAGAACAUUCAAGAGCAAGGUGUGGGAUUGAGGGGUGGAUUUUGUUGCUCUUUUAUGCAUUUUGAAACCAAAGGGCAAUUUGUAAGGCUACAGCAAUGAAUAUUGUAAUUUUUCCGGCAUUUUUUAAACCAAAAAAUAUUCAUGGCAAUAUGUGGGACCGGAAAUAGGAUUUUUAUUUACUUUGUUUCUCUAUUUUCUAACACUGUAAGAGAGUCCACAGAGCAGGGGAGUAGCAUACAGAUGUAUUUGGGCUAAUAUGGUAUUGGUAUUUAUUAGCAAGUAUUGUAAUGAUAUGUUGUUCGAGACAUUUUGUUCCAAUUUAAUAUUUUUUUGUCCAACUUUGUAGGUAGUUUGUUUUUAUUUAUAUUUGGGUAAAGUAGAUAAAGUUUAAGUAUUUUGUGUGACAGAGCAAAUAUGUUUAAAAUAAUUAGUAAAAUGUAUUAAAAUGAUACUAGUAUUGUUUCUAUUGUACAAAUGUGGUGCUUUUCUGUACAAUAUGCACUUAAUUGCAUUUUCACUGUGCAGUGUUUUUUGGGGGUCUAAAACCAUGUAGUUUAUGUUCAGACCUAAAGAGCAUUACUUUAUGGAAAGUUUUAAAAUGACUUAGUGUACUUCCUAUUAAAUUAAAAAGAUACCUUAAGUAACCACAUAAAUAUGAUCAUUUUAUGUUUUUGUUCGUUCAAUUGUGUUGUUUAUAGUGUAGAAUUAAGUUGUUAUUUAUGUAUUGCAUUUUAAGUAAGACAAGUGAAAACAUGUACAACAACUAUCGUUGGAAUGACGAAUGUACGUACCAGACUUGCAGUAAAUGACACUGCUAUAUUUAUCACAUUAAACCAUCCACUUUAAGACUUGGAUAUUUAAAACCAAA